AUGGCAGCCCCUAAUAAGCUGUUCCUUGGCUCGUUCGUGCACAGCAAGAAGCUCAAGGAGAUCGAAAGCUUGCAUAAUGCGGCGGUGGCGGUCGACAGCUCCGGAAAGAUUGUUGCGGUUGAAAAAGACUGCAGUGAGGGCCGGGCCAGAGAAACGGUACUUCCGCGAUUGGGGUGGAGAGAAGAUGAGGUUGAGGUUGUGAGGGCCGCGGACGGGCAGUUCUUCUUUCCUGGGUUUAUUGACACCCAUAUUCAUGCUUCACAAUAUCCCAAUGUCGGCAUCUUUGGCGAGUCGACCCUCCUCGACUGGCUCAAAAAGUACACCUUCCCUCUCGAAGCUUCACUCGCAGACUCCACCAAGGCCCGCCAGGUCUACACCCGGGUCAUUCGCAAGACCCUCUCCCACGGGACCACAUGUGCCGCCUAUUAUGCCACGAUCGACGUGCCUUCAACGAACCUUCUCGCUGAUCUGUGCCAUACUGCCGGGCAGCGGGCUCUGGUCGGCCGUAUCUGCAUGAAUCAGAACUCGCCCGAUAAAUACCGAGACGCGUCUGUUGAAUCAGCCAUCGCCGACACCCGCGCUAAUAUUGAACAUAUCCGAUCCAUCGAUCCCUCAAUGGCCCUCGUCCGGCCCAUCAUUACUCCACGCUUUGCACCUGCCUGCUCGGUGGACCUGAUGCGCCAACUUGGCGCGCUGGCGAAGGAGACGGGCCUACCAAUCCAAACGCACAUAUCAGAGAACACGGCGGAAAUAGCUUUCGUCGGCGAACUCUUCCCGCCCUCCGUCACCGGAGCCGCGGACGACACCUAUGCAGCGGUCUAUGACGCAUGCGGGUUACUCACUGAACGCACCAUCCUAGGGCACGCCGUGCAUCUAACAGACAGCGAGGCCGAGCUCGUCGCGCGGCGCAAGGCUAAAAUCAGCCACUGUCCUUGCAGCAACAGCGCGCUAACAUCUGGCGCCGCUCCCGUCCGUCGUCAAUUUCUCGACCGCGGCAUCGCCUGCGGCCUCGGCACCGAUAUGAGUGGUGGGUAUAGCCCAAGCGUGUUGGAGGCAGCGCGACAGGCCGCCCUGGUCAGUCGGCAGGUCGUACUGAGUGGUACCGUUGACGGGAAAAGGGAGGACGGGGCCGCUUUGUCUGUUGAUGAAGUGCUGUAUCUCGCAACACGCGGUGGAGCGGAGGUGGUCGGGUUGGCGGACAAGGUGGGCGCUUUUGAGGUCGGGAUGGACUGGGAUGUCCAGUUAAUUGGGCUGAACAUAGUUGGAGAGGAUGGCGAGGUAAUAAACGGCGACGGUGACGGCGGGGAUGUGGAUGUUUUCGGGUGGGAGAGCUGGCCGAAUCAAGUGGCGAAGUGGGUGUAUAACGGGGACGACCGGAACACAAAGAAGGUCUGGGUUAAGGGGCGGUUGGUGCAUGAGCGGAGGUAG